GAUCAGACAAGACAAAGAGUGGCACUAAGCUACAAUAGUCAUUCAUAUCUACGCUAGCAUGCAGCAGUGCUUACACAGAUGAAUGCCAGGAGUGUUUGUGACUGGCCAUGCAGCUUUGUCACCCAGAGCAUCGCGAAUCCAAGUAUGGGGACUGUUAUGACGACGGAGGCUUGCGCAGCUGUGGCAGCGAAAGUCUGAGUUGUAUUUAUAUGUAUCAUGCUCUGUCGCCGUCAUCAGACAGACAAUAUCAGCUACAGUGCUCUUCAUUCCACCCCAAAUAAUCGCACUCUUUCCUGGGUUCACAGCCCAGCGCCCCGAAACGUUCUUUAUGAAAGCAGACAGUGGCUCGUCGACUAAAGCACAUUUCCAAGUUUCGUUCGCGUCUCCAACCGGUAGUCCCGGUGCAGUUCUCAUGCGAAUCGAUGAAGAGGAGAAGAAAACCAUUGUUUUCCGCAUGCCAAAUGGCCAGGAGGCGAUGCGGAUAACGAAGCAGGUGCACCUUUGGAGUGGAAAGAGCCCUGAGUACCACGGCUACGCACCCGAUGGAAGGAAACUCUGGCACUUGUCCCUUAAAUCAGGGCUGCUGAAAACGACAUAUGACUUGACACUCGAGCCCUCGGGGCCUGUUACAUCAUCGGUAGAAGUGAAAAAAACCGCGACAAGUGGAGAUCUUGGCCUGUUAGUCAACAACUGCCUUGCUGUGACCAUAUCAAAACCCAAUAUCUUCAAGUGGCGAAGGGAGAAUGUGGUAAAUGUGGCGCCAGGUAUGGACAUCUUGCUUGCGUUAGGCCUAAACUGGAUACGAUACGACAAGCAGGACAUGGACGCAAAAGCUAUUGGGAAGGCUGCAGGUGAUGUGGGUUCGGCGGACGGCGGUGCCUGAGUUAGCUGUAGGUGCGCUGUAAUAAUGCUUUCAACUUCGUGUUUCACUGUACAUGCAAUGAAUAAGCCCCCUUCCGAGGCCACU